AUGAAGCUCGCACUCCUUGGCCUGUUGCUUUGCCUUGUAAUUGUGACUGCAAGUGCAGAUUCUACAAUUGAAAACCAGCCACGGUUUUGCAAACUGAUUGUUGACGUGGGUCCUUGUAAUGGAGAAUUCGAAAGGCAUGGCUAUGACUUUAUUUCGAAUCGCUGCAGAGCUUUCAUAUACGGCGGCUGUGGUGGCAAUCCCAAUCGUUUUCAUUCGGAAGGCACUUGCCGUCACUUUUGCCAUUUAAGAGACGAAAAUGACAAAACCGAAAAUGAGACGACACAAACGUACGAUUCGAAUGAAGAUGAGCUGAUGGAAACAACGCCUGGCAACGACGACGAAUAACCAAUAACCAAUAUAUAGUCGUAAAAAACUAAUUUGCUUAGUGCGGAAGUUUGUUAUAACGCCCACAACAACAACAACAAGUUGCGUAGCUAAUGCAGCGGAACUAAACUAUAAACGCCCCUAACUUGUCGAGAAUUUGAGCUUUAGAUCUUGUGUGUUUGGUUUUUAAGCUAGCGCACAUUCUAAUGACUUUAU